AUGGCUUCAACUACAACUAUAGAACCAACUAGUAUUAAUACUACUGGUGCAACUACAAAAUUAUCACAACAUGAAAUAAUUCCUGCAAAAACAGAUAUUGGUGCAUUAGCAAAUAGAAUUAAUAAAGAAACACAAUCAUUACAUGAUAAAGUUGAUAAAUUAGUCACAUUAAAAAUGGCAAUAGCUUUAAGAAAUUAUAAAAUUUUUAGACAAGGUUUACAAAGUUUUUAUCAUGUAUUUGCUAGUAUUGAAACUGCAUUACAAAGACAAUUUAACGAACAACCAGAUAAUAAAUAUACUAUAAUGUUAAAACAAGUUUGGAAGCCAGAAAUCGCAAGAAAAGAAAGAGCAGAACAAGAUUUGAUGUUUUAUUAUAAUGAUGAUAAAACAAAAUUUACGAAUCCAAUACAAUCACAACAAAUUAAAUUUUCAAAUCAUAUUUUAGAAGUAACUAAAGAUAAGCCAUAUUUAUUAUUUGCUUAUUUACAUGUUAUGUAUUUAGCUUUAUUUGCAGGAGGUAGAAUUAUGAGAUCAUCGUUUGCCAAGGCAACUGGAUUUUAUCCUCAUAAAGAUGGUUUAAAACAUGAAGAAAUUGUUAAAUUAGGUACAAAUUUCUUUUCAUUUGAUGUUCAAGAUGAAAAUUUAUUAAGAAUCAUUUAUAAAAGAGAUUAUGAAUUAGUUACAAGAAAUGAAUUAACAGAAGAUGAAAAAUUGGAAAUUAUACAAGAAUCAAAAUACAUUUUUGAACAAAAUGCAAAAUGUUUAAUUGAAUUGGAAGAAUAUAAUUUGAGUAAAAUAAAUGGUACCUGGACCUAUUUAAUAUUGACAAAGGGCUAUUAUGGUGUAAUGAUGGUGUUUAUAAUAUUGACUGCUUUAUAUUUAGCUAGAUUAGUUAGAAAUUUUAUAUAG